GCGGCCAGCAGAGGGCUCGGGUUAUAAUAUCGAGAAGGAGGCGAAGGGAGUCUGGGGCCCCUUCCUUUGCUGUGCUCCCAGGGGAUCGGCAGCUGACCUGAGCUUUUCAGGCAGGAAUUUGGGUACGCUGCAUGGAAACCUCGGAGGGAGGUGCGCGGCAACUCCUGCAGCCCCACGCACCAGCCGAGCAGGUCGGCUCAGAGUCCCGCGGCGUCGCCUUUCCCCGACCGGAGUGAGAACUGGCCACGGGCCGCGGCAGCCAUUAAAUUCUCCCUGCGUUGUUGUGUAGACGGACUGCGGCUGUAAAGGCGAACGAGAGCUGUUAACAAAAUGUUGACCCAGGAAAUCAAGACAACCUUUAAACAGGAAGAAGAGGAGAAGGUAGAGCAGCAUGACCCCCACUUGAAGGACUAUAGAGAAGUGCAGAACACACCUGAGGAACAUGUGAUCCAGAAGAAACACAACUGUCCCAUCUGUGGAAAGAAUUUUUGCCGCCGCUCAGAUCUUGUCCGACACCAGAAACUCCACUCGGGAGACAGGCCCUUCACCUGCACCAAGUGUGGGAAAGGAUUUGUCCAGAGCACUCACCUCAUUGCCCAUCAGAAGAGCCACAUCCGAGAAAAGCCCUACUAUUGUCCUCACUGCGGGAGGAGCUUCAAUCAGAUCUUGAACUUCAACAGGCACCAGAGGACUCACUCCCAGGAGCCCCCUUUCAAAUGUUCCGACUGUGGGAAAACCUUCAGCCGCAGCUCAAACCUGAUCAUGCACCAGAGGACCCACACAGGAGAACGACCCUACAAAUGCUUUGACUGCGGGAAUAGCUUCAGUCGGAGUUCCACCCUGGUGACUCACCAGAGGACCCACACCGGUGAGAAACCUUUUAAGUGCCAGGACUGUUGGAAGAGCUUCGGUAGACGUUCCACUCUGGUCAUGCACUUGCGGACUCACACCGGGGAAAAGCCCUACAAGUGCUCUGACUGCCCUGAAACCUUCAGCGUGAAGUCGGGCCUUCUGAGUCACCAGAGAAUCCAUAUGACCGAGAAGCCCUACCUGUGCCUGGAGUGUGGCAAAAACUUCUGCCGCAGCGCGGACCUCAUUAUACACCAGAGAAUUCACACUGGAGAAAAACCCUACCAAUGCAACGCCUGCGGCAAGAAAUUUAAUACAAAUUCCCACCUUGUGACCCAUCAGAGGAUCCACACAGGAGAAAAACCCUAUAAAUGCCCCGAAUGUGGGAAGAGCUUUUCUUACAGUUCAGUCCUGGUGGGUCAUCAGAGACUUCACACAGGAGAGAAACCUUACGCCUGUCUUGAGUGUGGGAAGACUUUCCGUAACAAUUCACAUCUCAUCACUCAUCAUAGAGUACACUCAGGAGAGAAACCUUACACGUGCCCAGAGUGUGGUAGAAAUUUUAGUGUAAGUUCAAAUCUUACAAAGCAUCGGAAAAUCCAUGAAAGAGAGACGUCCUUGAAAUAUUCUGAGUAAGAAACGCAGUGGAUGGGAUUCUGAUUAGCUACUCAAGAUGCUUAAAAAGAAGCUAAAAAUAUAUAUAUGGCUUAUUCGGAAAUUUUACUAGAGAGUCCAAAUGCUUGCAGUUAAGGAAGGCCAAAAUGAAAGUAGACAUAAGAGAACAAAGAAUGUACAUGUAGUCCUAGACUUAUGACUGCAAUUGACUGCAUAAUUUCCGUUGCUAAGCAAGACACUUAAGUGAAUUUUGUCCCAUUUUUAAGACCUUUCUUGCCAUAAUUCUUAGUGAAUCACUGCAGUUGUUAAGUUAGUAACAUGGUUGUUAAGUGAAUUUGGCUUCCCCAUUGUCUUUGCUUAUCAGAAGGUCGCCAAAGUUGAUCACAUGACCCCGGGACACUGCAACCGUCAUCAAUACAUGCCAGUUGCCAAGCAUCCAAUUUUGAUCAUGUGACCAUGAGAAUACUGUAACGCUCAAUAGUGUGAAAAACAGUCAUAAGUCACUCUUUUCAGUGCUGUUGUAACUUUUGGCAGUAAAUGAAUGGUUGUAAGUCAAGGACUACCUGUAUGCCAUAUCUUGUACGAAAGGAUUAAAAGAUCCCUGAUUUUUUUCAAAAAAUCUCUUUUAAGAAUGGGAUCUGAUGAGGAAGAUGUAUUAAGUUCAGAUUCAGGCAACAAGGAAACAAGCAUGUUUUUCUUUUUCUCCAAAAUAAUGUAACACAAAAAAAGUAUAUUUGCAUACUUUUACUUGCUUACUUGCUAUUGCAAAAUCCUAAUUUUUAACAUAUUGUGGAAGCCUAACAUACAUGGUGGCUCAGUGGCUAAGAUGCUGAGCUUGUUGAUCGAAAGGUCGGCAGUUCAGCGGUUUGAAUCCCUAGUGCCACGUAACGGGAUGAGCUCCUGUUAUUUGUCCCAGCUUCUGCCAUCCUAGCAGUUCGAAAGCAUGUAAAAAUGCAAGUAGACAAAUAGGGACCACCUUUGGUGGGAAGGUAACAGCGUUCCGUGCGCCUUUAGCAUUUAGUCAUGCUGCCACAUGAUCAAGGAGAUGUCUUCAGACAGCGCUGGUUCUUCGGCUUUGAAACGGGGAUGAGCACUGCUCCCUAGAGUCGGGAAUAACUAGCACAUAUAUGCGAGGGGAACCUUUACCUUUAACAUACGGAAAUUAUAAGAAAAUACAGUAGCAAUAGGGAUCCCGAAGGGCUUUUUUUUUUCUUCUUCAAAGUCACACAUUUGGGGGAUUCCAGUUGUUUAGGAUAGUCAUCAAGAAGCGUCGAUCAACUGUGAGGCAAAUAGUUAAACUUAAAAUGUCUGAUUCAGUUCUGCUGUAGCUCCUAUGCUGUUAAGCCGCUUGAGCAUUGAAUAAACAAAAAGGCAGGAUAUGAUAAAUAAAAAUGGUCUUUUAUCUUGGCUGCCAAAAGUGUAGGCUAAUGUAUGAACCUUACCAGUUUUUAUUUAAUCCACCAAGGAAGGUGAAGAUGUGCAAAAUAAAAUGAAUUGCCCCCAAACAAAAUCCUUAAUAAGACCUAUCUUUCUUUAAUUUUUGUGAGUUCUCAGGCCACUGAAUUUUCUAUGCAGCCUUAAGGAUUACAAAGCUAGUUUCAUUCCAGCAGUUUCCGUGUCAAGAUCCCUGAUUUUGCCCUUGUGCCGUCCAUCUGUCUGGAUGGGAAAGUCACAAAUGUAAUAAAUUGCUAUUGAUUUGGUCUUAAUUUUUGCUGACACACAAAGCUAACUAUUGCUGCUAAGUGUAUCAAAUAAUUGGAAAACUUUGUUUGACAGUAUCAUGGCAAAGAAACUAGUGUACAGAUAGUCCUAGACUUAUGACCACAAUGGAGCACAUUUCUGUGGCUAAAGCAGUUAAGUAAACUAUGCCCCAAUUUACAACCUUUUUUGCCACAGUUGUUAAGCAAAUCACUGCAGCUGUUAAGUGAAUCGUAAGGCCAUUAAACAAAUCUAGCUCCCCCCAUUGACUGCUGGCUGGAAAGGUUGCAAAAGGUGAUCAGAUGACCCCAGAACAGCACAACUGUCACAAAUACAUGCCAGUUGCCAAGAACUUGAAUUUUGAUCAUAGGACCAUGGGGAUGUUGCAAUGGUUGUAAGUGUAAAAACUGGUUGUAUGGCACUUUUUUCAGUGCCAUUGUAACUUAGGUCAUUAUAUAAAUAGUUGUAAGUCAAGGACUAUUAGUAAUGUGGUUCAUACAUUGUGCCAAGCCUUCAUUUUUGUUUGCUUUUGGCCAAGGGUGGUGUGUGAACCCAGACAAUGGUAGCUUGUUUAAUAGCAAUAGCACUUAUAUAUCACUCCGUAGCAGUGGUGGGUUUCAAUUUUUUUACUACCGGUUCUGUGGACAUGGUUUGGUGGGCUUGGCAUGGCUUGGUGGACGUGGCUUGGUGGGCGUGGCAGGGGAAGGAUACUGUAAAAUAUCCAUCCCCACCCCACUCUGGGGGAAGGAUACUGCAAAAUCCCCAUUUCCUCCUGAUCAGCUGGGACUUGGGAGGCAGAGAAUAUAUAGGGGUGGGGCCAGUCAGAAUUUUUAUUACCGGUUCUCUGAACUACUCAAAAUUUCUGCUACUGGUUCUCAAGAACUGGUCAGAACCUGCUAAAACCCACUUCUGCUCCAUAGUGCUUUAUAGCAGUGGUCCCCAAUCUCUGCAGCUUGGCGGCCCGGCUUAGGGGAGGGGAGGGGAGGGGAGAGGUGAACUGGGCCAUGCAAGCAGCAGGCUGGUGUGCAAGUGCAUGUAGACAGCUUGACUAAUUGAGCUGCGCACACAUGCAUGUGCGUGCUGGCCUACCACUCGCAUGAGUCAAGAUGCACGCGCAUGCACGCUGGGCCACCACUCACAUGGCCCUGUUGCAAAUAGUGGGAGGCGGUCCGGGGGCUGAGGACCCCUGUUUUAUAGCACUCUCUGAGCGAUUUACAAUGUCAGCAUACUGCUCCCAACAAUUUGGGUCCUCAUUUUACCAACCUCAGAAGGAUGGAAAGCUGAGUCAACCAUGAGCCGAUCAGAAUCAAACUUCUGAUUGUGGGCAGAGUUAGUCUGCAUUAAUAAUGCAUUCUAAGCACUAUGCCACCACAGCUCUUAAUGCAUUAUGGUUAAAUGAACUAUUUGAAUCUAUGUGAAUGAGUGCGCGUACAUGUUUUCCUGGAAAAGUAGUGCUAUACGAGCAUACAGCACAUACAGUGGCAACACAUGGCCAGCCUUGAAUGAUCUCAGAAGAAGGUGAGCAGGGUCAGAAGAGAUUUGUUUUUGGAAGGGAGACAGUGCUGGAGAAGCAGGGGCAAGCAAAGAGUUGAGUUUAAGGAGACAUUAUGAAUGAUCAGAAGCCUCAUUAAGGAAUGACUGCCAAUCAGAUUUUGAUUAAACAUUGAAUCAGCUCCAGUUCUGGGUUGGUUGCAUUGACUUCCUGGCUGUCUGACCCCUUUUGUUCAAGAACACAUGUUCCUGUUGCUUGUCUGGUAGAGUUGCCACUGUCCUCCCUUCUCAGGUAUAUUUCAACCCAUCUAGAACGUAUCCAGGUUGCUACGUGUCAAGGGAUCCACAGGCACUGAUGGCAAAACAUUGGAAGAAGUGUUGAAGAAACAGAGGCAAUUCUAGCAAUGGGGCAGUCAGUCCCAGGUGUUAAGAUUUCCUGAGAGAGAAACUGAAAUAUCUCAAUAUCAUGACCAGCAGUCUUCUUACAUCCGGGAAACCACUGAAACCAUUUUUACCCAUUUUUCGGACAGGAAAAAGCUCCUUCCCAGCUCGCUAUUGAAAAAUAUAGAAGGGAGACAGCAUAAUUGUGCUGGCUGCAUAAAUCUAUACAGGGGUGGGCUGCUGGGGGUUCGCAGGGGUUCGGGAGAACCUCAAACUAAGUUUCUGUGCAGUUCGGAGAAUCCCCAAAUCCCACUUGUGGCUGGCCCCGCCCACCCUGCCCCUCCCCUCCCAGGAGUCCCCACGCGGCCUGUUUUGGAUGCAGGUAAGUGCAGGGCGCGCACAGAGACUUGGGGAAGGCAAAAAACGGGCCUACCAGAAGUUUGGGAAGGCUGGAAACGGGCCCCUGUUUCCAGUCUCCAGAGGGCCUCCGGAGCCUGGGGAGGCCAUUUUUGCCCUCUGCCCCAGAGUGGGAUGGGAAUGGGGAUUUUGCAGUAUCCUUCCCCUGCCACGCCCACCAAGCCACACCCACAGAACCAGUAGUAAAAAAAUGUUUUGAUUUCACCACUGGUCUCAGCUAUAACACAUCAAAACACCUUCACAACCAAAAGCAUUAACUUUAUUGCUGUUGAAACUUUUAAGGAUGUUGUCGUCUGUAUUAAAUUUCAAAAGAACUGGUUGUCCUGUACAGGAGGAGAGGCCUCUUUUGGCUGAUCUCCAAAAUUGCAGCAAAGCUGGCUGGGGAAUUCUGGGAGUUGAAGUCCACCAGGCUUAAAGUGGCCAAGGUUGGAGACACCUGCUCUAAACUACAUUCAGGUGUAAAAGCUGAAAGCAAGAAAGUGAGAUAGUCUAGGCUGGGAAUACCUGAUGAAGCCAAAUUCAGCCAGAGGAGUAUGCAUCCAUUACAGAAACAUAGAAUUUCCCUUCUUGCAUAUCUUGUAUUCUGCAACCACAAACAAGUCACCUAUUUUGAAGAACAUUUAGAAUAUGCUACAGAACUUAACUCUGCCAGAACUGUUAGGCUUCCUUAGAUUUUUGCAUCCCUGCAAAAAUCCAUGCCUACCCUGCUGGAAGUGGUUCACUGAUGCUAAAAACUAUUACUGUUAAGUAAGCCAUUUCUUAAUUGUUUCCUCAACAGAUAAUAAAGGAUGUUUUAAAAAG